CACAAGCUGCUUGCUCACUUGUGGGCUCCUGUUAGAGGGCUUUUUAUCCUGCCAGAAGUCAGAGAGCUGGCUCCAGGUUCUCCUGGUCAGCACCAUGGCCACGAACCUUAGCGACCAUCUGCUGAAUACUCUGGAGGAGCUUGUACCGUAUGACUUUGAGAAAUUCAAGUUCAAGCUGCAGAACACCGGUAUGGAGAAGGGGCACACCCGGAUUCCCCGAGGCCAGCUCCAGAUGGCCAGACCAGUGAAACUGGCUACCUUGCUGAUCACCCACUAUGGGGAAGAGUAUGCUGUGCAACUGACUCUGCAGGUCCUGCGGUCCAUCAACCAGCGCCUCCUGGCAGAGGAGCUCCACAGGGCCACUGGCCAGGAACGAGAAAGUUGUACGGACACUUUGGCACCAUCUUCUGGGGAGAACAAGUCUAAGAGCCUGAAGGUACCAAAUGACCCAGCAGGUGAUGGACAGAGACAAAGUGCUGAGGGGGCAGUCAGCUUGCUGUCCAGCCAGACUGAGGCAGUGAGGGGACCUCAGAAGAAGUCUCUGGGCAAACGGAGGGACCCGAAGGGCCCUGAGGGCCUGGAUGCCCAGGGUAAGCUGUUGGGUAGGAGCACAGUGCUGCCAGCAAGGAGAAGUCCAGUGCCCACCCAGCAGCAGCCUGGAAACUUGGAGAUCCAGCGGAGUAUCAAGCUUCGAAGAAAUGCCAGCUCAGCAGGAAGACUCCAGGGGCUCUCUAGCGGGGCCCUAGGGAAAAGAGACUGCAAGAAAUCGGAAGUAUAUCUGCCUUCAGGAAAACAGCGACCCAAAAGUCUUGAAUUUACUAUUUCUUCAGAAAAAGAAGAACCCUCAAAUCCAGAAACUCUUCUGACAUCUCUUGAGGAAAUGAGAAAUACAAAUGUACACUCAGCAGCCAUCUCCAGAGGAGCGGCUAGUGUGGCUCUGGAGAAUGGCUCCAGGAAUGCAGAACGCUUUGGGGUCAUGGAGGAGGGUGCAUUCAAGAUCACACUUUCCAGUGCAUGUUUGGCUACAGACGAAAAAUCCACAGCAUCCACCGAGGAAUAUGGAACUGGGCAUCCAGACACUGAAGGGAAGAUCGCAGGGAGACCACAGGAUGAGGCUGCAUGUCCCCAAUGCCGCUCCCAGGAAGGGGAUCUCCUUGGUGGUACCUGUGUGCAUGGUUCCGACAGCUGCCUGGUUGCUUCUGGAGACUCCAAGACCUCAGGCAACAGCUUUCCCAGCUUCCUGAAAUGCCAGGCCUUAUUGGCAAGGAAGAGCUCUGGAGAUAUGAGUCCCCAGGCCCUGCCACAGUGCCAGCGCCACAUGAAACAGGCACGGCUGCUCUUUUGUGAGGACCAUGGCGAGCUCAUCUGCCUCAUCUGCAGGCUGAGUCAGGAGCACCAAGGCCACCAAGUACGCCCCAUUGAGGAGGCUGCCUUGGACUACAAGGAGCAAAUUCAGAAGAAGCUGGAGUAUCUGAAGGAACUGAGAAAAUCUGGGGAGGAGCAGAGGUCACAGGGGGAUAUGAAGACAGCACACUUCCUGAAACAAACUGAAACCCAGAAACAGAGGGUGCAGUAUCAACUAGAGCAGCUGUGUCAGUUUCUCAAGCAACAGGAGCAGGUCUUUCUGGCCUGGCUUGAAGAGCUGAGCCAAACCAUUGGUCGGGUCCAGAAGACCUAUGGCACCCAGAUGUCCCAGCACAUAGCCCUCCUUGAUGAGCGGAUUGGGGAGCUUGAGGCCAAGCAGGGACAGUCGGAAUGGGAGCUCAUGCAGGACAUCAGAGUCACCUUGAACAGGACCAAGAUAAUGACUGUCCCUGAGCCAUGGACUACUCCUCCAGAAGUGAAAGAUAAGAUCCACCUGCUGCACCAGAAAUCAGAGAUUGUGGAGAAGAGUAUGAAAUACUUCUCAGAUACUUUGCGUUCUGAAAUGGAAACAUUCAAUGUUCAAGAACUGACUAGUGCUCAAGCACAUGCUGUUAGAGUGUUCCUGGAUCCAGCAACUGCCCAUCCAAACCUUGUCUUUUCUGAUGAUAUGAAGAGUGUGAGACUUGGAGGCAGAUGGGACAGGCUGCCUGACAGCCCAGAAAGAUUCGACAGCUGCAUCUUUACCCUGGGCUCCCCUAGAUUUUUCUCUGGCUGCCAUUACUGGGAAGUGGAGGUUGGAAACAAGACAGCGUGGGUCCUGGGAAUAUGCCACGCAUCCACAAGCAGAAAAGGAAGCGUGACUCUGUCACCAGAGAAUGGCUACUGGGUGGUCAUGAUGAUGAAGCCAAAUGAAUACCAGGCAUCUACCGUUCCUCCAACCCACCUUCGCAUGAGUGAGCCCCCGAAACGUGUGGGCAUCUUCCUGGACUGGAAGAUUGGACACAUUUCCUUUUACAAUGUGACAGCCAGAUCCCACAUCUAUACAUUUACCAGCUUCUCUUCCCCUGGACCCCUUCAGCCUAUCUUCAGCCCUGGAACACAUGAUGGAGGGAAGAACCUGGAUCCUCUGACCGUCUGUGCAGUGAAUAGCAAGGCACCUCACUGAACACCCAACACUGUGCCUCCAUGCCAUCUCCUGGCCUUGUAUCUUGUGUUCAGGCACUCAGCAGUUACUAGUUGCAUAUCUACUGUGAGCCUGCUGCUGCCAUAGGGGAAGCCAAUGAACAAGAAAACAGUUUCAGUGCCAAGAAGUUUAUCAAACCAUAGCAGAGGUAAGGUAGCUAUACAGAUAUUGGCAGUGAAGAUAAAACAUACAUUGAUAACACGCAGUGGAUUUCACAGGAGGAAGUACAUGGACGUUGUGUAAUAAGUCCUAGUAUGAAUUAGCACUCUCAGAUCCUCUGGAAGCAGAACACGCUGCUCUCAUUCUCCCUUCUGUAUUCCCUCUGUCUGCCUAUUUUGAGGACAUAGGAAACCUAGAUAAAAUGCAAGUAUACGGGAUUGUUACAAAAGUAUUUAUAUGUCCGCAUUAAUAAAUUGUGAUUCUCAAGGAUAUUAACUGGGCCUCACAAAUAAAUCAAUCAGAAAAUCUGAUCAUAAUUUGUCACUUUUUAUCACUGGGGAGUUUCAUUUUCCUACUAUGUAGGAAAAGAAACUGAGUUGAUAUCAUGGAAAAGCAAUGAACAUAACACAAACCAUUGUUCAUUUUCUGUUAGUUAAUUCUAAACACCCUGUAAUACUUUCAUUCUCUUGAAUGGUUUUACAUUGUCUUGAUAUGUUUGAUGCUACAGUAUACGAAGUUAUACUCAAAGAUUUCAAGGAAAGAGACACUAUAGUAACUACUUUUAUGUUGGGAUAUCUUGUGGUGAAACACUAUUUUGCUUAAAUGGUUAUGUUUUGACCUGUGCUGUUUUGUUGUUAUGCCCUCUUUUAUCUCAAUCUCCUUUUUUUAUUAUUUACUUUUUUAUUUUUAUCCUUUUAAUUAAGGGAAAAAUAAAUAAAAAAUAGCAGGAUAUAUUAUAGUAACCCACUUUGAUUUCCUAUAUUAAUUUUAUUUGAAACCCUGUAUUGCUCUCACCAUCUUCUUUUGACUGAUUUUCCUCUAUUCUAUUUUGCUUGAUAGUACCAAGUUCGAAAGUAUAGGCCACAACUGUGAAGACAAUAAGAUUCAUUGUAACGCCCAUUCUGGUUGGCUAUUAUCUUCUUUUGAAGACCUGUAAUGUCUCCAAUGUUUUGGUUUUAUUGGUUUAGUUCUUUACUGUUUUGUUCAAUUUUAUUAUAACUGAUGAUAUAGGCAAUUCUUUUUAAGAUAGCAAGAGGCAUUAUGGUAACCAUUGUCAAUCACCUUAUAUUUUGUUUUUACAUUAUGUAUUAUGUCCAUCCUUUUGAUUUGACUGACUCUGUUCUGUUAUGUCACAUUUGGUUUUACUCUCUUCAAAAAAAAGUAGUAAGAACUGUGGGAGUAAUAAAACCCAAAAUGUGUAAUUGUCAUUGUAGAAAAGAGAGCAAAAGAAAGUGCUCUAAAGGACAUAACUGCAUGUAUAUUUAAGUGUAUAAGAUAGAUAACCAUAUUACUGACUUUUGUUGGAUCAUUGAACCAGAACUGUUUGCAGUCUCACUGUUUGAAUGUCCACUUUAUAUGCUUUAAUUUUGUAACUUGAACAACUAUUUCUAAGAUGACAAUAUGUAAUCUAUUAACUAAUGAAUUCCUACUGUUUAUUUUUUCUGAAAUUCUGUAUAACUUGUAUCCUUUUUCUGCUUUUUUUUCUUUUUCUCCUUAAAUAAAGUUAAAAAGAAAAAGAAAAGCAAUGAAUA